GCGUAGGUGUGUGACGUCCUACUGGAAUUUGCACAACAAGGAAGUAAACUCUGCUUGCUCGGGAAGGAUCUUCCGAUGUAAACUGAAAGUUCAUUAGACCGGUCUCUAAUAGAAUUUUAAGCACGUCGCUUAUCCUUCCGGGGUCUAGGUUUAAGUCAAAUAUCUCAGUUGACUUAUUUUAACACGCCCUUGUCUGAAAAGCCGAGGUGGGGGCACGAAAACACCGAUCGGUAUAUUGUCAUCAUUCAGGGACCACAAAGGAGAACCUUAGGAAGGAGUCAUGAGCCUAGACGACAUACCACAGAUGGAUGGAACAUGUGAUGCAUGUGAGCCUGACGAGGCUCAAGUGGCCACCCAAGUGUGCCACAACUGCAGCUUUGCCUUCUGCUCUUUGCAUGCUGACGAACAUGCUUCCAGUACACACCACUCAUUAGCGCCCUAUGACCAGGAGGGGAUGCACGCUAAUGGACGUACCACAGACGCAUACUCGGGAUUUGGAAGUGGGACCAAGGAGCCUCCGCCUCCUUUGGAGGGGGUGCCGAAUGAACAGGAUGGGGAUUUGAGGCAUGAGACUGGUGAUAUGAAUGGCCAUAAAUCCAAGAAAGCCCUGCUGCUGCAGGGAGCUGAUUUGGGAGCCGAUUUGAGGGGCGAGGGUUCUGAAGGUUUGCCGGUGGACAAAGCUGUUACAGAGGCAGUGAAGGACAGUGUAUCAGUAGAUAGGCUACGUUGCAUGGAGCAUGGGCAGGAAGGCUCCCUCUACUGUAAACCGGAUGAGAAGAUCAUCUGUGUUGUGUGUGCUAUGCAGGGUGAGCACCAGGGACAUGAGAUUAUCACCCUGCAUGAUGCCUACAUCUGGCAGAAGGACCUGAUUUUUGUGACAUUCGGCUUGUCCUGUCAGGGGUCACCACAGCGCGUCACUUGCAUGAGUAGGCACCUUUGUGACCUGCUGGACUCUAUACAACAGAUGGAAGAAAAGAUCUCAAAAAAGUGGACAAAUUCAGAGAUGUCCACAGUGGAAUUGGAGGCAUAUGUGAGCAGUCAGUUUGAUGCGCUUCGCAGAUUGCUAUUUCUGGAAGAAAAGAAGGCCCUACACAUUUUAGAUCUCAAAGAGGCAUUCCUGACGGCAUCUGCUGCAGAGAAGAUUGCAGAGAUCAAUGUCCAAACUGAGCGUCUCCAGGAAGAAAUGGCCAGCAUUACACACCAGCUAUGCUUGUUGGACAAAGCAACCAUUAGUCCUGCACUGGCAGCGGAGGCCCUCGUCGAAGCAUCGGGACCAGGCCAUAGAUUAACGCAAGACUUUGAGGCCAGACCAAGGCUACCAGUGCCAAGGGCAGACCCGGUGGACCUGCAGGAAUUUGAUGACAGUGGUUCCGGACGUUCCAUGGACCACGCCCCAUAAUUGUUGUCUUUCUGUUUUGUAAUUUGGGCUUCAACCCACUUUUGGUAUCCUUGUGAUCUUAAGUCUCCCUUGUCCUCAAAUGGCAGUGAAGUGGCCUUGAAAUCACUUGUGAUGGCUCAAGGCGGUUGGAAAAUCAUCCCCCCCCUCAAAAAUUUGAAUUUUUCUCAAACAUUAACUGAAUGGAAACACUGCAGUUCACUGUAAUCGAUUACACUCUGGCCCGAUUUCUACUGCCAGUUGGAUUGGAGGCUCACUCGUGUGCUUGCGGACUUGAGAGAUGGAGAUUGGCUAUGAGCAAGCUCGGCAGAUGUCAGAAAUUGGAUAUUUCUUCAAUACUGGGAUUUUUACUUUCAGUUUUUUCCAGUUUUCGAGACAGUAGUGUUGAAAGCUAUUUUGUAUUUGGUGGCGAUAAAAAAAAAAAAAGGACAUCUACAGUCGCUUCUUUUUAUACUCUGUCUUUUCCACUUCCCGUCAUCCUGGUGCUUGAACGUUUUAUUCCCUCAUACGCCUUUACCGAACCGGUCACUGACUAUCCUCAAUUUAUGUGCAACCACUUGUUGGAUCACCAACUGGGGCAUUUGACACCUCUCGAUUUAUGGAUGUACUGUAUAUGACUUAAUGUUGGGUGAAAAUCAAACUGUAAUUUAAAUUUUUCAAAAAGAACUCUUACCCAAUGUCAGCUCACUGUCUGUGUUGCUCAUACAAUGAAACAUACACAGUAUGUGGCAAAUUUACGCACUUUCCACCUUGACCUGCUCAAGAAUGAUUUUCAUUCACAAUGCACCGCAGUAGAUUUUUUUUUUCUCUUGUCAUACGUGUUAUGUGAAAAAUGACGAUGGGUGGGUCAGAUAUGACAACACUCCCUGAGCGCUGCAGUCAAGCUGCAACAGUAACAAAAAAUAUGUUGUUUAUAUUUUCAAAUUUUGUCUUGAAUCUAUAAAUAAACACGUUUAGAUUUGAUUUGAA